AUGUUGACCCUCAAACUCCUCUCCCUCGCCGGCCUGUUCACGACGACAGCCGCACAAACCACCAACCCCACAAUCCGCUACAUGCCUUUCGGCGACUCCAUAACCGAGAUAAUCUGCUGGCGCUCCAAACUCUGGCAACGCCUCCAAACCACGCCCUUCAACUCCUCCACCGUCGACUUCGUCGGCAGCGGCAAGACCGAGAACAACUGCGCGGACACGUCCUACGACCGCGACAACGAAGGCCACUCUGGUUUCCUCGCUAUCGAUAUCGCAAACAAGGGCCAGUUGGAUGGGUGGCUGAAAAGCAAUCCUGCGGAUGUGAUUACGAUGCAUCUUGGCACGAAUGACAUUGUGCAGCAGAAUAAGGCGGUGGCGGAUAUUAUUAAGGCGUUUGGGACGUUGGUGGGGAGUAUGAGGGGGGCGAAUCCGAGGAUGAAGAUUGUGGUGAACGCCGUCUCAUCGCGUAGCAUACUUCUGGGCUUCGCGCUCGAGCCUGAAGUCUUUUCGCGAGUAACAUUGGGUGGUCUCGUUGUAUACCAAUCGCUUAUUCACUCACCUUCGCAGGUCGCGCAAAUCAUCCCCAUGGGCUUCGGUAGCUACAAUACCAACAUCCAAGACCUGAAUCGCGCAAUCGUUCCAUGGGCUCAGGGUCUCAACACGACGGAAAGCCCCAUCUGGGUUGUGGACCAGUAUGCGGGUUUCAGUGGCACGGCGGACUUGAGAGAUGGAAUACAUCCGAAUGAUAGUGGGGAUGUCAAGAUGGCGAAUGUAUGGUUCCCGGCGGUUGUCAAGGCUUUUGAAGCGGUGAGGGCAGAUAGGGGCACAGCAGUCGCUAUGAUUGAGAGGGAGUUCGCUGGGUAG